GUGUCAAGAAAAAACAGAGAAAGGUCUCAACUCAACAAUGGCAGAACCCAAAGUUAAAUACGAUCGCCAACUCAGAAUAUGGGGUGACCAAGGACAGGCAGCUCUUGAGAGGUCUAGUAUUUGCUUACUAAACUGUGGUCCUACUGGUUCUGAAACUCUUAAGAAUCUUGUUCUUGGUGGAGUUGGAAGCAUCACUGUAGUUGAUGGAUCUAAAGUUGAAGUGGGUGACCUUGGAAACAAUUUUUUGGUGGAUGAAUCAAGCCUUGGGCAGUCAAAGGCAAAAUGUGUAUGCUCAUUUCUUCAAGAGCUGAAUGAUGCAGUUAAAGCAAAAUUUGUAGAAGAGUAUCCGGAAGAAUUGAUUGAGAAAAAUCCUUCAUUCUUUUCUCAAUUUACUUUGGUUGUUGCCACACAGCUGGUGGAAAAUUCAAUGAUAAAGCUUGACAGAAUCUGCAGGGAGGCGAAUGUUAUAUUGAUCUUUGCUCGCUCCUAUGGCCUUACAGGGUUUGUUCGAAUUAGUUUGAAGGAACAUACUGUGAUUGAGUCAAAGCCUGAGCAUUAUUUGGAUGAUCUCCGGUUAAAUAAUCCUUGGCCUGAACUCAAGAGGUUUGCGGAGAGCAUUGACUUGAAUGUGGAAGAUCCUGUGGCUCAUAAGCACAUACCUUAUGUUGUCAUUCUUGUCAAGAUGGCUGACGAGUGGGCCAAAAGCCACGAUGGUAGGCUUCCAUCGACCAGAGAAGAAAAAAAGGAGUUCAAGGAGCUUCUUAAGGCUGGGAUGGUUGCACAAGAUGAAGAUAAUUAUAAAGAAGCUAUUGAGUCCUCAUUCAAAGUAUUUGCUUCCCGAGGAAUUAGUUCGGAGUUGCAACAGAUAUUAAAUGAUAGUUCUGCUGAAGUUGACACUAGUUCAUCAGAUUUUUGGGUGUUGGUGGCAGCUCUGAAGGAUUUCAUUGCAAAUGAAGGUGAUGGCGAGGCACCUCUUGAAGGAUCUAUACCAGAUAUGACUUCUUCUACUGAGCAAUAUGUGAAUUUGCAAAAUAUCUAUCAGGCUAAGGCGGAGGCUGACUUUCUUGUAAUAGAACGGCUGGUAAAAACUACUUUGAAGAAAAUUGGUAGAGAUUCAAAUAGCAUUCCAAGGGCAAUAAUUAGAAGCUUCUGCAAAAAUGCAAGAAAAGUCAAAGUUUGCAGGUACCGUCUAAUUGAAGAUGAGUUUAAUUCUCCAAACCUACCCGAAUUACAGAAGUACCUAACUGAUGAGGACUACAGCAUUGCUGUGGGAAUAUAUAUUUUGCUUCGUGCUGUUGACCGGUUUGCUGCUAACUACAACAGUUUUCCUGGACAGUUUGAUAGUGCUAUGGAUGAGGAUAUCCCUCGAUUAAAGAGCACAGCUAUUGGCCUACUCAAUGACUUGGGAUGCAAUGGUGCCACUUUGGCUGAAGACCUUAUCAAUGAGAUGUGUCGAUUUGGAGCUUCGGAGCUUCAUGCUGUUGCUGCUUUGGUUGGAGGAAUUGCAUCGCAAGAAGUGAUCAAGCUCAUAACAAGGCAAUUCGUGCCAAUGUCCGGAACCUACAUAUUCAACGGCAUUGACCACAAGUCCCAGCUGUUGUCACUGUAACUGAAUUUACUGUGAUUUCUAUUGGAAGAUUCCUUGGUUUAAUGGUGUGAACAAUCGUCUAUACGCUUUUGAUGUAUAUUUUCUCGUUAGGAGGUGGCACUAUACGGAAAUUUUGUAACUUGCUCCGGAUGUGGAUGUCAGACAGGAUUACAUAUAUAGAGAAAAGAGAUAUUUGGUUGCGAAAAUGAAGAGACCGCCUUAUUAAAUGUUGUUUAUGUUGUAAUUUGAAAUUUUAUUUUAGCUCCAGCAUUCAUGUAAUAUCAGGAUAAAUCAUAUUAUAAUGCACAAAACGG